AUGGCCGCGAGUCAAGCUCGGCCGAGGUCGUACAGUUUUGCCUUCGAGAUCCAUUUGGUCAUGAUACCUGCCCCCAUCAACAUCAAAAGCUGUCAUAUGCUUCGACAUACUGCGAAAGCUCUGCGAAAGUACGGCAAGCUGACUCUUCCAAUCUUCACGUAUCCCUCCCUGAUUCGCACACUAACAGGUAAGACCAUCACCCUUGAGGUGGAGUCUUCCGACACCAUCGACAAUGUCAAGGCCAAGAUUCAGGACAAGGAGGGCAUCCCCCCCGACCAGCAGCGCCUGAUCUUCGCCGGUAAGCAGCUCGAGGACGGCCGCACCCUUUCGGACUACAACAUCCAGAAGGAGUCGACCCUCCACCUUGUCCUCCGUCUUCGCGGUGGUAUCAUUGAGCCCUCGCUCAAGGUGCUCGCCGGCAAGUACAACUGCGACAAGCAGAUCUGCCGAAAGUGCUACGCUCGUCUCCCUCCUCGUGCCACCAACUGCCGCAAGCGCAAGUGCGGUCACUCGUCGCAGCUCCGACCCAAGAAGAAGUUGAAGUAA